CGUGACUCGCAGGAAUAGAUCGGGAAGUGUUUGUUUCGUCUAGAUACUAAGAAUAUUUAUGUAUAUUUUAAUGUAAAACAUGUACAUUAUAUUGUCGGUUACGUUAGCUUUAAAGUUUAAUUUAUUAUUUUCGUUAUGUUGAACUCGAAACUUUUCGUGUAAAGUUUUUUUAUGAGUGUAUAGAAUAUUGAAAUAGUUUUUUACAUUAGUGCAACUUUAAUCAUGGCAAAGUUAAUGAACAUAUUAAAAACGUUAAGAAAUCAUUGGAAGAAAAGUAUUUUUGCCUGCGGAUUAAUGACGUAUGGCUCGUUUUAUUUGCGUGAUCGAUAUAGGAUCGAAAAAAUGAUGAGAGCUUAUUGUGAAGAGGCAAAGAAUUAUGGUGAUAUGCCACUUCCAGUUAAUGGAAAACCAAGACAUAUUACAGUUAUUCUUAAUCCAGUAGCUAAAAAUGGGGCUGCCUUAUAUGUAUAUGGUGAAUUUGCAUAUUUGCAACCAUUAAGUCUCUUUGUCACAUACACAGAACCAAUUUACGGUGUGACAGAAAAAGAAGGUCAAGCAAAAGAUUUAAUGGAAGUUAUGGAUAAUACCGAUUCAGUUAUAGUUGCAGGUGGAAAUGGUACAUUGCAUGAGGCUGUGACCGGUCUUCUGAGAAGAAGUGAUGCACAACUAAGGUGUAGUGGUGUAGUUCAUUUUACAGAUGUUCAAAACAUCUAUCCUGAGCUUGAGUGUAUUCAUUACACCUAUACAACACUGAUUGUUGAACUCUGUAUUUCACCAGCAAAAGAUUAUACAAACGUUAUUAAUGAAGAAUGUGGCACAUGGCAUUCAGAACAAGUUCCAUCUCCUGGAAUACUGAUUGAAACAAAAAACCUUGAGACGACUAAUAAUUGUUUAUAUUGCAGAUAUUGGCUGUUUGGACCACUGAAAACAAAAAUUGCCUAUAUAUCAAGAGCUUUUCAGGAAUGGCCAUCAAAUCAGGAAUUUGAUUUGUCUUACAUUUAUCCCUGUGGUGGAUGUUCAAAAUGUUAUGAAAAACCAAUUGAAAUAAAAUCCAGACGAUGGUGGGAGGCUUUUAUACCAAAAACUCCAAAUAUUUCUGGUAUUUCACCAGCAAAAGAUUAUACAAACGUUAUUAAUGAAGAAUGUGGCACAUGGCAUUCAGAACAAGUUCCAUCUCCUGGAAUACUGAUUGAAACAAAAAACCUUGAGACGACUAAUGAAGAACAUUUUCUAAAUGUUGUUAUCCAUUCCUCAAAUUUGAGUCGUUUGCAAUUUAUAAAUGAGGGUAUAACUCGUGGAAAACAGAAAAUGGAAGAAGAAACAGAAUUUAAGAAAGUAAUAAAAGUUAGAGAAUUAAAAUUAAUGCUUGAUGUGGAAGAGGGCAAAGAACAAUGGUGCAAUAUUGAUACUGAUAAUUAUGAAGUUCAGCCAGUUCAUAUACAAUUACUUCCUCAAAAAGUAUAUAUUUAUUCUAAUGGAUAAACAGCUUAAUAAAUAAAAAAAUUUAUAUAUAUAUAUUUUAUUUUUAAAAGUGUAAGCAUUCAUUUAUUUGUAAAGUAAUGAUAUAUAUAAAAUCAAUAUUAUUAACAUAUAUAAAUACUAUAUAGUAAUAAAUAAUUUUUGAUAAAUUUAUAAUAAUCAAAAUAUUUAAAAUUAUUGUCAUUAUUACUUGAGAGAUGACAAAAAUUCUGCAUUUUAUUGAUUCUAUGUUCUAAAUCAUUAGUAAUCACAUGUCAGGAUGACUCAGCUGAUAAAUUUUUAGAACUGUUAAUUCCACAGUUCAGUUUGAAUUAGCAGUUUCAGUUCUUUUGGAUAAUUUUAUUUGUCAGUCUUUGAUUUAGUAAUUCUGAUUUACAAAUACAUACAUAAAUUUAAUAAGAUAUAUGUAUUUGUGUGUAUUAGACUGUUCAAUAGGGUAAUUUCAGAUUAAGUGGUAAUUAUUUAAAUAUAGUUAAUAUUGAUUAGAAAUGCUUGAUAAAAUUGUUUUAUGAUGUUGAUUUUUGUUAAGUUAUGGCAAUGCAACACUUGGGCGAUCUGCCUAGGGGGAUGCCUUCUGGGAGGUCUUGUUAAGAGAAACUGACCUCUAUUUAGGUAUGACAGACGUGAAGAAAACCCCAAAAAACUCCACAUGGCCAGCCUGUCCAAGCAAGGUGUGAACCCUAACCGAACUUCCAGUAUUCAGGGUACGAAGACUGCUUGGCCACUGGUGGGCUAAAAUUGUUUUAAUAGUGAAUAUUGUGGAUACAGGUUAACUGAUGUGUCAUCUUCAAACAAUUUAAGGGAUUUCCCUUUUCUGAAUAAUAAGAAAAAUGAUUGAAUGUGAUAUUCAGUAUUAAUGAAUUACACAAUUCACAUGUAUAUUGAU